AUCUUCCUUCACCUCCUCUGGUGGUGGCUGCCUGGUCUUCCUCGCCUAGCCUCUCUUUUCUGGUAAUCAGGUGGGCAUUUUCAUCAAUUUUGUCCAGAGCUGGGCUCAUGGAUGGGAACAAGGACGAAGCCUUGAGAUCUAUCAAGCUUGCAAAAUCUGCAUUUGCAUCUGGGGAUAGGCAGCGCGCAGAAAAAUUAGUCAGAAUUGCUCAAAGAUUGGACCCUAGUGUUCCACUUGAUGAUUUGUUGAACCCAGCUGAGAAGUUUGAUAUCCUGAACGGUGCUACUUGCCAAGGCAAAACAGGAAGAGGUCAAGCUUGUGAAAACCCCAAAACACCAAAAGAAUCAGUUGCUCAUGUUAAUGUUGAUCAGGUCUGCACUGAGGAGAAUAUUAGAGUGGUUCAGGAUAUCAGGAAAAAGAAGGAUUAUUAUGCAGUUCUUGGAGUAGAGAGGAGAUGCUCUGUGGAGGAAAUUAGGAAGGCCUACAGGAGAUUAUCACUGAAGGUUCAUCCUGACAAGAAUAAGGCUCCUGGGGCAGAGGAUGCGUUCAAGUUAGUAAGCAAGGCGUUCAAGUGCCUAAGCAAUGAUCAGUCGCGGAAGACUUAUGAUCAUACAGGAACCAUUGAGGACCAUGAGUCUAAUGAGCAAUAUCCCAAUGCCAUGAGGCAGGGAAUGGCCAGGCGGAGGACGCAAGCAAGAAGUGGCUUCUAUAACUACGAAGAAGAUUUUGAUCCAGAUGAGAUAUUCAGGUCCUUCUUUUAUGGCACCCAUGAUAAUUUGUUUCGUGCCCGGAAUACCUACAGAGCAAGGGGAACAGUUAGGCAACAGCAACAGAGAAGGGAGCAUACAGUACAGGGUGGUUCUGGCAUAAACUUAACUGUGUUAAUGCACCUUGCAGUGGUAUUGAUUAUUGUUUCACUUGCAUUCAUUCCGGUGCAGCGGCCUGAGUAUUCCCUGCAGAAGACCUAUUACUUCCCCUUAUCAAAGGUCACUCAAAAGCAUGGAGUGGAGUACUUUGUUAGCAAACAAGAUUUUGAUCAGAAGUUUCCACAGGGGAGUCAAUCUAGAGAAAUUCUUGAGCAGUAUGUUUUUAAGGACUAUAAGAAUCUGCUUGGAAGAUAUUGCCAUAUGGAACGUCAACGACGUCAAUGGGCUAAGGACUACCCUACCCCUAACUGUGACAGGCUAAGGAACCUAUCUGUACCAUAAAUUGUGCAUAUGUGAUUAGUUUGGUCUGUCAUUUUCAUCCUUGGACGAAUAUCACUCGUCUUCACAGGUAAUAUCCAUUAUUUUUCCUGAACACAAUUCAAAUAAGGUGGUUGACGUGUGUUCUCAUUUGUAAAUCCAAGUAAAUAUUUCUGAGUUUUCUCAUAGCCUCAAUGUAUAGCCAGGAUUUGUACAGAAGGUAAGCUACCUGUUGGCUUUUAUUAUGAUGUUUCAACUUAGGGAAAGAGUUUAAUACAAUUGUACAAAUAGUGUUUGAGUAGAGCUCAGGCUGGUUGCUUUGACUGCCUAGAUUCUAGGAAGCAUAAUGCUGAUGUAGACUAGGUGGAACAGUUUAAAACCUGAGCAGUUCGUGUGAUCUAAUAGUUCCUCUGUAUCGUUACGCAACUCGUAUGCGUGAUUGUCAUUUCACGGAGAAGUUGAUUGAUCUGUUCAGUUGAUAUUAUGUCAAGUAACUUAACUAAAGUUUGGUCCCUCUGGAAUAUGUCUCACACAGGUCUUGUUUUCUUGCACCUUUGUUGGAUGAUGCAGGCGUAGCACGGCAAUCUUUUUUUCUUUUAAAAAAAGAGCUGUAUGGUUUGUAGUCCAUCUGUUUGUGAGACGACACAAAGCCGAUAACUGGAAAAUGGUGCUACAUGUUAUAGCAAUAUUCUACUGCUAUAUGUUGCGAUUUACGAGUCGUGAAGCAGUAAGCCACAGCAUGCAUGCCUUGUUUACUACAUGGAGAGAUACGGUGGCUGGCGACCAGCUAGAUUGAAGUUCCGCUAUGCGUGUUCAUGCUGAUGCAGCCCAUAAUAUUCGUCUGAAUCAGAUGGUGUUUGGAUUCAAGUGCUAAUAUCCAUAAGUGCUAAAUUUUAGUACUAGCUCGUCCAAACAGGAGUGCUAAUAAGAUGGGCUAGCUUUAGUCAAGAAUUAAAAACUUUAGUAGAGGUACAAGUGGUGCUAAAAUUUAGCACCACUAAAUUUAGAACUAAAUUUUAGCUCAUCCAAUCAGACCCUCAAUUACCAGUUACCACCCGUCACUUGCCUCCCAGGACUUGUUAAUGGAUGUGAAUUCUUGUCCAGAUAUCUGUGAUUGGAAAGCCACCAUGCCUCCACUUAACUGGAGAGCAAACCCCUUUAAAGGCAAAUGGAAACGUGGAAUAGUUGUCAUACUUCUAUGCUUCUGAUAAUGCGCUGUCGAACUGUUUUUUGGGAACUAUCAUUUGCGUAUCAACAGUCGGCCGAUUAAUUACCUCAUGUGUGGAAACAAACACGCUUUGGUUGAGGAUCAAGACUCCUAUCAUCGAAUGCUGCAUCACACCAUCAAUCAAAAUGCUAGUAGGAUUUGACAUCAUCGAAGAUAAUUUAUCUACAUAUAUUGACUAUUGCUUUCUAUAGCCUUGCCAUGAAACUAUGAAAGCUUAGGGGAACACUUCACUCUAGCCCUUUAUAUUCUCGAAUAAUCAGUAUUACUCCACCAUCGAACUUCAUAAUGUAUAAUCAUAGAGUUGAUAUGGAUGUGUGUGCACUUUUCCAAUGUUUACUUGCAAAUCUCUUUAUGUUCUCCUUGAAACUAUAAAUUUUUUACUUUUGCAAAUGUCCUUUUCUAGAAUUAGUUUAAAAAAAUUAAUGUUGCAAGAAAGUCCUUAUUCAGGUACUAACUCGCAAAAAAAGGGUCCUUUAUUCAGGCAGUAGUCGGCGUGGGUGUUCCAAGAAGCCGCCGACUCUAUUACCAUCACGGCACCAGACAGCGCGGCCCAGAGGCUCCCCUCGCGAAAAAUGGCGGCGGCGGCGGAAGGGCUAGCUGCCUACCGGGCGGUGCUGCGGGCGGCGCGGCGGACUUUCGCGGGCGACAAGCUGAUGCUGCAGGAGUCGGCGGUGGAGAUCCGGCGCCGCUUCGAGGACCACCGCGGCCUCGCCCCGGGCUCCGACGAGGCGGCGCGCGCCCUCGCCGACGCCCGCGAGGCCGCGCACUUCAUCACCCACAUGAUAGUUCAGGCCACGCGCGCGCCCUCCGGGUCCUUCGUUGUGAAGCCUGAGAGCGUACAUGCUGGAGCUACACUGGAGGUUCCUUCCGAGGAAAUCCUGUCAAAGUUGAAAUAGGGGAACGCACUAGACUGUACAAGCAUUAUUGCAGAAACUCGCCCAUCUUCAGGCUUCUAGGGAUAAUAAAAACAGUUUUGCAUCGGCUGCUUAUAGAUUGUUUGUUGUAUUACUGUUGGACUGAAUAGCUUCACACCUUUUCCUUUUGCAUUUCUGUCGAGAGCAUCACACCGCGCUAAGGUAUGGUGCUGUUGAUGUAAGCUAGUCAUCUGAACUUGAAAGCAAGUAAACAACCGCUGAGAUUUUGAAAUUUUACUGUCUGGUGGCGGAAUUCUGGGAAA